CUUGUUGCAUACACUCACAUACCAUAAAUCUUUCCGAAUAGCCAAAUGUAAACAAAAAUUCCAGCCAAACACAAACACAGCUGGCCAGUGGCCUGGCACUCCACCAGAUAAAAAUUCGAUAAGGUAUUUAAAAUUAUAUUCUUUGCUUGUGGCUUGCUGUUCAUCAGUUCUUAUUUGAUGAUCAUGUUAAUUCCCUUGAGUGAGUGUUAUCAUUGGGUUUGUUGAAGAUCAGUGGUCAGGGAAAAUGUGUAUUUUGUUGAGAGCCUAUAUCUUUAUUUGUAUAUUGUUUGUUAGUAUUUGUGCUUUGCAGUGCAUGGAUGAGAGCAAUAAUCCAGUAGAUUGGUUUGUAGUUUAUAAAUUACCAACACUAAAACAUGAUGAAAAAUUGAUGAAAGAUGGGGUAGCUUAUCUCUAUAUGACUUCCAUGGAUUACAGUACUUGGAAAUUAUCUAAUAAUUCUAUCAACAGUACAGAUAGUAUUAUUGGAAAUACAUUGAGAAACCUUUAUACCAAUGAAACAAAUCUCAUGUAUAUUUUAUAUAAUAAUGAACCUCCAAAUCAAAAAACUUGCUCAAAUAAAGGUCAUACUAAAGGGGUAGUUGUUGGAGAGCAUAGUGGUGGAUACUGGUUAGUGCAUUCUGUUCCUCAUUUUCCAGAACUGGGGAAAAAAUAUACUUUUCCAAGAAGUGGUGCUGUUUAUGGCCAAAGUUUUCUAUGUAUCUCACUGGAUUUGAAGAAUUUAAAUACUGUAGGUGUUCAACUGCAAUACAAUGAACCCAAAAUAUAUGGUGAAAACAUAUUGUCAAACCUAAGAUCAUACCUUCCUGACUUAGCAAAUGCAGCUUCAAAUGUUACAAUAAAAAAUCCCCCUUGGUAUAGUAUAGCCAGACUCACUUCAAAAAAUGGUGUACAAUUCACUUCUUUUGCAAAAACUGAAAAUUUUGAGAAAGAACUCUAUGAAGAUUUGGUAGCCCCUUCUUUGGAAUCUGAUAUGGUAGUGGAAACUUGGCCAAAUGGGCCAGGAAGAUUGAAAUCAAACUGUACAAAGACAUUCAAAGUUUUCAAUGUGAAAUCAAUAUUCAUGAACAUAGCAAAUGUAUCAUUCACUACAACAGAUGAUCAUUCAAAGUGGGGAGUAUCUUCAGUUGUAUCUGAGAAUAAUUGGAUUUGUAUUGGAGACAUUAACAGAGCAAAGCAUCAACUACUCAGAGGAGGUGGAACAGUUUGUCAAAAAAAUAAACAAAUUGCCAAAAACUAUCAAAAGUUAGUUCAAUUUGUUGAAGACUGUGAAACAAAUCAAGUUUAGCCAUAUCUUCUGUGUUAUAUUGAUUUCAUAAUAAGUUGAUUUAUUCAGCCUACCUUUGAAUACAAACAAUAAAUAAUAUACCUACAAUCAAUGAGAAUAUUUCUAUUUGGUAGGGAAGUAAGGUGUUUCUGUGGAAGGUUGUGGACAACGGUACUUCAACAUUUCAAUUUCAGCUUCAAAAUAACUGUUUUUAUCAUAACAGAAGUAUUCUGGGUUUUUAUAUCCCCUAUUUUUCGCAGCUCCAGGACCAACAGGUUCACUAGGAACCUUGAAUAAAAUAAAUUAAGGUAAAAAAUCUCCUAUGGUAUCUACCCUGACCAUCACCUUCACACAAGCCUCAGAAAGCCCUUGGACACUUUGUAAAGGAGUAGAGGUAUCACUUUGCUUGUUGUAGAUUAUUUUGCCUGCUGUAAAACUACGUUUUACUAAACUAAAGUUACGAAUUUGUUUGGAAAAGAUAGCUCCGGACAACAUUUUUCAAGUCAACGUUUUGACAGUUACAUAACCAAUACAUAACACUCGUAACAGUCGUAACAUAAACGUCUUCUU